AUGGCGAGCAACAAGACCGGCAGCGAGCAAUUUCGACGACAAAAAGCGACCAAAAGUGAUCCUGUUCUUUUAUUUCCUCCUGCAACACUUGCUGGAAAAAAUAAGAAGGAAGACACGGCCCAAUCACGAGCACCGUUAGCACCACGAGCACCACGAACACCACGAACAGCAUCCUCACCAUCCACAGCACCCGCACCACCCACGGGACACACAGCAGUCGCACCAGCCGCACCACCCGCACUACCGGCAGGACCCUCAGCACCCGCACCACCCGCACCAGCCGCACCAUCCGCAGCAGCCGCACCACCCGCACCAACAGGACCACCAGAGAAACAAAUACACAUGCUCAAAAAAUUUGGAUUUGAAAACGUUAAAGCGUUCGUUGCGGAUGUCUACUGGAAUAUUAUUCCAUACAUCUACAGAGACACAUUUGUAGGAUCUCCUAUAACAUUCUGUGCGGCACAACGGCAGAAUCAGAGUUCUACUAUUAGCUCGAGUAUCAUGUAG